AUGGGAGAGCUUCAAGAAACCUUCAAAUCGAAUGAAGUGAAAGUGACCUUGGAAGGCUUACGCAGCUCGAGGAAACUGCAAUAUCUGUCGGUUUUCACCAAGGAGAAACUGACAUCGACUACCAAAACCGCUCUACUAACGGAAGCUGACAAAAGCUUCAUUAAAAGGGAGAAAAUCAUGGUCGCUCAGCAAACCUUACGCCCGUCAGAAGUUCUACCUGAUUUACUCAUUGGACAGGACCUCUUAAAUCAAGUGAUCGAACACCACAACCCAGUUAUAAAGCUACCAUCCGGAUUAGUCCUCACACCCACAAUCUUCGGAGAUGUACAAUGUGGGUCGCUCAUUGUGGCUACUCCUCUUAUAUCAUCAAAAGACUACUCGAAAACGGACAAGAAUGUCUGUGGAGCGGAAGCACUUCGUGCCAACAUCCGAGAGCCUACUCCUACUUGCCCUUUCGCUGCAAAAAAUGAUGAGGACGUCUUCUCGAGUAAGAACGCUCGUUACAUGUUCCAUGCUUUACUGAAUUGCGUGAGCGAUAUCAAGUGGAAGCUGAAUCAGAUGGAGGACCGCUUACGACGACUCGAUGAAAGGAUGCAUACACUGGAUCUAAGGACGAAACAAGUGCCUCAGACAGAAGUGUUUCGACCAGGAGCACCUCACUGCCCUACCGUCCCGACGACACGAUGUUGUUAUAUGAUUGGACACCAGGCAACGGACGGCCAAACUUGGAGCACCAUACUUCAAGCGUCAACAGGGAGAAUAGCUCAGAAACCAAUCAAUCGACCUAUUCCUCUGGAAAUACACUCUUCAUCACACGACCAAAAUGACGAAUCUCCAACAUAUAGAGCAAGAGCCACUACUUCAAGGAAACCGUCUUCAUCAUCAAGGAAGAAAGCUGACGUUCCCGUGAGACGUCAGACACCAAGAGCUGCAAAGAAACAAGUUCUUCUCAACACCAGCGUCUCCAGCUAA